CGCGCCAAAAUAAGCUAUUUUCUUGCUCGGGGCCUCAGAGUACAGAGCGACUGUAGCGGUAACCGCCGGGAAUGUCUGUAAUCGGUUGGUAUGGACCUCUGAUUGAUCUCUCUGAAGCUGCUCUUCAUGUUGGUGAUUUUGUUCAACUCGUCGUCUUCAUUCAUCGAUCCACUCCUGUUGAGUACAAAUUUUCUAAUGGCGGAGAGGUCAUAAGGACGGACAUCAAAGUAGCUGAUGAUACACGGUCGUUUUUCUCUGUAUCACUAUGGCAGAAGAAAAUGGCAGCCACAGCAAUUCCUGGCGAUGUUGUAUUGUUGCAGAGUAAGCUCCGAUAUGUGAAACUAAGGAAAUUCAGAGAUUCAGUUGAGGCAACAACUGUCCAGUGUUCUUCCCUAGUUUGUAUAAUCCACCCUUACGAAACACUUUUCUCUGAAGGUGUAGACGAAUUAAUGGCCAAUUGUCGAGUUGGUUUAGUAGCUAAAGAAAAGCUCAGGAAGGUAGUAGAAUGGGUGAAGGGGGCUCGAUCUACCUUCCGCAACAUAAAAUGGCAUAGUGACCAAAACCAUUUCUUCCGCAACUGGAAAUUGCCUGAGAAAAGGAUAUCCAGAGACUGUUUCUCGCUAUCCGAAGUAUUAUGUCUAACUGAAUCAUGCAAGGUCAUAUUUGAUGCAUCAAUUGGUGAAAUGUUUUCGUUACCCUCCUUGAUUGAUCUUGAUGAACCUCGAAAAGAAAAGUUGUUUGUUAGCAGGCGAUUGUACGACGAGGAAGAUUUUGAUCUAGCAGAAGAUCUCAUUUGCACCGGCUGUCAGUUAUGUGGUACACCUUUAGGUCUGGAAAGUGGAUCCGUGGUUGAUCAGAUUUCUGCUCCAUUUUAUUGCUCAAAAAGCUUGAACCGCCUCCACGUAGUAAGCAUGAUAUAUAGGCCUUUCAUGCUAUACGUGUGGGAUGAAUCAGAAUGCAUUCCUCUGCUUGUUAAGAAUCAAGCAGCAGAAAUCUUGUUUGGUAACAUCAAAGCUGACAAGAUUUACUCGCAUUACAUUUGGCAUAAGUCCUAUUCCCAUCCUAAUUCAAAAGCUAUUGUUGAACCAAGCCACUCAGGUGCUCCGGUUGCUAAUUCUCCUCGAGCUAUUGAGAAAGAACAGAGGCCCCCUAAAAAUUUAUAUUUCAUUUGGUUGAUCCUUCUGAAAAUGUUGCUGCAUCAAGGAAAAAAUAGCCCUCUUAAAUUUGAAGUUAGAGUAACUACCAGCUUGGACAGGGAGAAUGGGAGAUUUGAGAUGGUUUCUUUGACAUUCCCAUGCUCCUUAACCAAUCGAUCUUUGAACUGAGCACAUUCUACAUGUGAUCUGGAGAAAGAACAGCAGCCAAAGCGUGAGAUUCAUAAAGAAAAUUAUGGAUGGACAUCUGAAAUUCCUGAAGCAGAUGGAGACUGAUAGUUUUUCUUACGGGGGUGAUAUUAGAGUAUGGAAGAGCAUGGGGAGAACUUCGUGCAUAAAGGUUUGUUUGAGUUUCAAACCUAUUUAAUUCUGAAACCGAGUUCUUCAAACUAUGGUAUAAUUUUUUCAACAUUGUACGUUUA